GAUGGGAUGUAGGAGCGCUCAUAGAUCAACCACCACGACGAGAGCAUAACGCACAUCCUCGCACUCGGAUGCAGCAGCAGCAGCAGCAUCAGCAGCAGCAUCCUCUCCUCUGUGGAAAGCUCUGCUUCAGCACACUCACACAGACCGCCAGCGAGGAUGCCGCCGGGAGGAUGCAGCGGAACAGUCCGAGCUGCGAGACAUUUCUGCUGAGAUAAGUCUGCCACCGAAAUGACAGCACAUUGCAAUUUAGACCAGAAUCAGCACUAAAGAAGAGGGGGACAAAAACUUAUCAGUUGCCUAAUUUCAACUUGAUAGAGGAGCAUGUGAGCUGCACGGAUCUGUAGAAGUUGGAUUGUCUCAAAUGUUAAUGCCAUGACUCUUGACUUCGGAAAAGAUUACAAGCGCAUUGCUGCCCAGCAAGCAACAAAAAAAGGACUUUUCUUUAGUCAAGAUUGUGUGUCUUAUUUGAUCAACAUGUGGCAUUUAAAGAUUAGGAAUCCAUCCGAGGCUAUGGAGGAGUAUUGAGCCCAUAAGAACCCAUGGGUGCUGUUUAUUAUUUACAGUAAUGGAAUGAAGACACUAUCCAGAUAUGAUGGAUGAUAGACCCAGUAAGCUCAUCUUGGUUCCUAUUUUAGCCGUGCUUUUUGUUAUGAUAGGUUACCAGUACAUAUGCCCCGCUGGCAGCCACUCGUGCCACUUUAAGGCUGGGGAAAAAUUGAGGGGGGUGAGCCUACUUUCCACCCCGUACAUGGACAGCGAUGAUUUCUACAGAGAUCAAGACCUGGAGGAUGACAGCCCGCCUAAGGUGCCGUCAAAAUUCAACUUCAGCGAGAGAGACCUUGGCAGACACGUGGAGUUCAACAUCAGAGGGGACGACGUGAUAGUGUUUCUGCACAUCCAGAAGACCGGAGGAACCACUUUCGGGAGACAUUUGGUGAGGAAUAUUCGCUUGGAGCAGCCGUGCGACUGCAAGCCAGGACAGAAGAAAUGCACAUGCCACCGGCCAGGGAAAGAAGAGUCCUGGCUCUUCUCCCGGUUCUCUACCGGCUGGAGCUGCGGACUGCAUGCAGACUGGACCGAGCUUACGAACUGUGUACCUGUCCUUAUGGAUAAGAAGGAGGCCCAGACGAAUAAAAGGAACUUUUACUACAUCACCAUGCUGCGUGACCCGGUCUCCCGCUACCUGAGCGAGUGGAAACACGUCCAGCGUGGAGCCACAUGGAAGACCGCCCUCCAUAUGUGUGACGGACGAUCGCCCACCCAGGACGAGCUGCCCAACUGCUACAACGGAGACGACUGGUCCGGUGUCACCCUGAACGACUUCAUGAACUGCCCGUCCAACCUGGCCAACAACCGGCAGGUGCGCAUGCUGGCCGACCUGAGUCUGGUCGGCUGCUACAACCUGUCCUCCAUGAACGAGAGUCAACGUGAUCACAUCCUCCUGAGCAGCGCCAUGAGCAACCUGAAGAACAUGGCCUUCUACGGCCUCACCGAGUUCCAACGCAAGACGCAAUACCUGUUUGAGCGGACGUUCAGCCUGCGCUUCAUCGCCGCCUUCACGCAGAUCAACAGCACGCGAGCCGCCAACGUGGAUUUAAGCGAACAGGUGCGCAGACGCAUCGAGGAACUCAACUUCCUGGAUGUGCAGCUGUACGAGUAUGCCAAGGACCUGUUCCUCCAGCGAUUCCAGUACAGCCGCCAGAGGGAGCACCAGGAGGUGCGCUUGAAGAGGCGGGAGGAGAGGCGCUGGCUGCGGGAGCAAAAAGAGCAAAACAGGUCUCCUAAACACAAAGGGGGAGGGAACAGAGGAGGGAGGAGGGAAGGAGGCUUUGAGAAGGAGGGGGACUUUCCCACCACCACUGAGGACUACACGAGCCAGGUGGCCCGCUGGUGAGGCUCAGAGAGAGCAGUUAGAGAGAUUCCUCACCGACUGAUUUGAACAUUUCACUUGACUCUCUCUCUUUUAGUCUCACUGUAAAUCCGUCUCCUGCAUCUGUCCGUCUCUCAGCUUCAGUGUGAUCCGAGUGCUCUGCUGUUUCCUCAUGAAAACUGCCAAGUCUGUGGGUCUCACAGCAGCUCUGCCUUGGACUGCCUCUCGGUGUCUUAAAUUUUUAAAAACUGAAUUGUUUGUCAUUUCAUCUUUCUUUUUUUUACAUUUCAUGUUGAGCAUACAGACAGUUACACUGAGAUGAGGACUAAACAGUUCAACACAGCUGCCAUAGACUGCAUUGCUUGAAUUUUGACAUUCUCUGCAAGUUUUCUGAAUGUCAUUAAAGUCAUUGUCUUUGUUUCAAAGAUGUAGUUGUAAAAGAACUGAAGGUUGCAUGUCGCACAUCCACUAUAUACUGACAUUUGGGCAGAUUUCUAAAGCAUAUACAGUUCUGUAAGCCAAAGCUAAUAAUAAAAAAAAACACAAUGUAUUUAUUGUAAUUUAUUUUCAAAAAGCUCUCUGUUAGAUCAUGUUGUAUGCAUGCAGUAAACAUGUUUUAAAUCAAGUUCUGAAAGAUAAUCUGAUGCUCUUAAUUUGGUAAAAGUCCAAUAAACGUUAUUUUCUCAAA